GGACUGUCUGGAUAUAUGGACUCUCUACUCAGACCCUAUGCCACCAGCACUCCCAGCUAUCUCCGCGACACCACUGAUUUCCUGAGGAAACUACAAUGCAUUGGUGACCUCCCAGAAAACACCAUCCUAGCCACCAUGGAUUUAGAGGCUCUCUACACAAACAUCCCACACACAGAUGGAAUACAAGCUGUCAGGAACACUAUCCCUGAUGAUGCCACGGCACAACUGGCUGCUGAGCUCUGUGCCUUUAUACUUACACACAACUAUUUCAAAUUUGAUGACAAUAUAUAUCUCCAGAUCAGUGGCACUGCUAUGGGCACCCGCAUGGCCCCACAAUAUGCCAAUAUCUUCAUGGCCGACCUGGAACAACGCUUCCUCAGCUCUCGUCCACUCACACCCCUUCUCUAUCUACGCUACAUUGAUGACAUCUUCAUCAUCUGGACCCAUGGGAAGGAGACUCUGGAAAAAUUCCACCAUGAUUUCAACAGCUUCCACCCCACCAUCAACCUCAGCCUGGAUCAAUCUACACGGGAGGUCCACUUUCUUGACACCACGGUGCAAAUAAGUGAUGGUCACAUUAACACCACCCUAUAUCGAAAACCUACCGACCGCUAUGCCUACCUUCAUGCCUCCAGCUUCCAUCCCGGGCACAUCACACGAUCCAUUGUCUACAGCCAAGCACUGAGGUACAACCGCAUUUGCUCUGACCCCUCAGACAGAGACCAACACCUACAAAAUCUCCACCAAGCAUUCUCAAAACUACAAUACCCACACGAGGAAAUAAGGAAACAGAUCAACAGAGCCAGACGUGUACCCAGAAGCCUCCUACUGCAAGACAAACCCAAGAGAGAAACCAACAGGACUCCACUGGCCAUCACAUACAGCCCCCAGCUAAAACCCCUCCAACGCAUCAUCAAGGAUCUACAACCCAUCCUGGACAAUGAUCCCACACUUUCACAGGCCUUGGGUGGCAGGCCAAUCCUUGCCCACAGACAACCUGCCAACCUGAAACAUAUUCUCACCAGUAACUGCACACCACACCAUAAUAACUCUAGCUCAGGAACCAAUCCAUGCAACAAACCUCGAUGCCAACUCUGCCCACAUAUCUACACCAGCGACACCAUCACAGGACCUAACCAGAUCAGCCACACCAUCACUGGUUCAUUCACCUGCACAUCCACCAAUGUAAUAUAUGCCAUCACAUGCCAGCAAUGCCCCUCUGCUAUGUACAUCGGCCAAACUGGACAGUCUCUACGGAAAAGGAUAAAUGGACACAAAUCAGACAUUAGGAAUGGCAAUAUACAAAAACCUGUAGGAGAGCACUUCAACCUCCCUGGCCACACUAUAGCAGACUUUAAGGUGGCCAUCCUGCAGCAAAAAAACUUCAGGACCAGACUUCAAAGAGAAACUGCUGAGCUUCAGUUCAUCUGCAAAUUUGACACCAUCAGCUCAGGAUUGAACAAAGACUGUGAAUGGCUUGCCAAUUACAGAACCAGUUUCUCCUCUCUUGGUUUUCACACCUCAACUGCUAGAACAGGGCCUCAUUCUCCCUGAUUGAACUGACCUCGUUAUCUCUAGCGUGCUUGCUAGCACACAUAUAUAUACCUGCCCCUGGAUAUUUCCAUUACAUGCAUCUGAGGAAGUGGGUAUUCACCCACGAAAGCUCAUGCUCCAAAACGUCUGUUAGUCUAUAAGGUGCCACAGGAUUCUUUGCUGCUCUUUAAUUCA